GAGAACCUAGACCUGGCAAAGGCGGUUGGGGGCGGGCCUCAGACCCGCGGGCUCCGGGGACCCAGAUGGGGCGAGUGCUGCCUAAGUCUCCAUGUCUGGAACAAAGUAACUCUUGUGUGGCAGGCAGGAGAGGAGCUCUGGGGACAGGAGUCCCACCUGGAAGAAGAGCUCAUCUGACAGGAACCACUCUCACCAGAGCUUCAGAACAUGCAGAAGAACCUAGAAAGGAGUGGGUCCUAAUUUGCUCCACCAGAAACAGUUCUAAUUUCCUUGUCCAGAAAGAGCCAGACUUGGUGAUGUUACCACAUACAGAAGCUAUCACAGACUGUAUGACAGUGGAAACUGGACCAGCUUGCAGAAGGUGGUGAGCUGGGGUUGAAAGAGCUUACCCAUCACAGUUCUCUGUACUCUCCCAACAACAGCAGAAAAUGAACACAUCUCAGAUUGAGCAGAAGUGUCCUGUUGCAGGCAUCUGUGUCAUUCAAGGACGUGACUGUGGAAUUCACACAAGAGGAAUGGCAGCAAAUGGGUCCUAUUCAGAGGACUCUGUAUAGAGAUGUGAUGCUGGAGAACUACAACAACCUCCUCUCAGUGGGGAACUGCAUUUUCAAACCAGCAGUAAUCUUCAAGUUGGAGCAAGGAGAGGAGCCUUGGUUCUUAGAGGAAGAAUUCUCAAACCAGAGCCACCGAGAAGAUUACAGAGAUGAUGACCUGAUGAAGAGGAACAAGAAAAUCCAAGAUAAACACUUGCAGGAAAUAAUAUUCAUCGAUAAUAAACCAUUGACUAUAAAAGAAGAGGAAGUUUCGGGGAAACAGUUUAAUCUGUGCAUAGCUCCUGUUUCAACAAAAAUAUCCUGUAAAUAUGACUCAUGGGGAGUAAAUUUGCAAAAUAUUUCCCAAUUUAUCAUCAAGAAUAGAACCUAUCCAACAAAAAAACCAAAUUGCUAUAGUGUAUGUGAAAAUUUGUCUUUCAAAAUUAAGUUUGAGAGAACUCAUACUGGAGAGGAGUUUCAUGAAUAUAAUAAAAAUGGAAAAGCUCUCAGUUAUAAGGAAAAUCUUCCUGAGAAUCAAAAGUGUCAAACUUUGGAACAAGCUUUUAAAUACGAUGGAACUGGAAAAGCCAUCUAUGAUGAGGCUGCUUGUGUUUCAUGUAAGAGUAUGCAUACAAGAGAAAAAUCCUAUAAAGAUGAUGAAUUUAGGGGGAAAAGUGAAAAAAUAACUGUCUUUGACUAUAAAAGAACUGGGAUUGGGGAGAAAUACUCUCCUCUUAAUCAGUGUGGGAAAUCCUUCUGUGGGAAAUCAGCUGUCAAGGAAUACAGUAAGUUUAAUAUGCCUGUGAAACAUAAUGGAUAUAAUGCAAAUGGAAAUAAUUUCAACAGGAAGUCACACCUCACUCAACUUCAGAGAAUUGUCACGGAAGAGAACCCAUUGGUAUGUAAUGACAGAACACAAACUGGGGAUACAUCCUUUGACUAUCAUGAAAAUAGGAAAUCCUACCAGGUGUUAGCCCACAAAGUACGCCGGAGAACUCACUCUGAGACAAAACCCUAUAAAUGUAAUGAAUGUGGUAAAUCCUUCUUUCAAAAAGGACAUCUCAUUCAGCAUCAAAGAACUCACACAGGAGAGAAACCAUUUGAAUGUAAUGAAUGUGGAAAAACUUUCUCCCAGAAGUCACACCUUAGUACACAUCGGAGAAUUCACACAGCAGAGAAACCCUAUAAGUGUAAUGAAUGUGGGAAAACAUUUGUCCAGAAGUCAACCCUCAGGGGACAUCAGAGAAUUCAUACAGGAGAGAAACCCUAUAUGUGUAGUGAAUGUGGGAAAACUUUUGUUCAAAAGUCAACCCUCAGAGAUCAUCAUAGAAUUCACACAGGGGAGAAAUCCUUUCAGUGUAAUGAAUGUGGGAAGACUUUCGGUCAGAAGUCAAACCUCAGGAUACAUCAGAGAACUCAUGGCGGUGAGAAAACAUAUCAAUGUAAUGAAUGUGAAAAAUCCUUCUGGCGAAAAGACCAUCUCAUUCAACAUCAGAAAACACACACAGGAGAGAAACCAUUUAAAUGUAAUGAGUGUGGGAAAACUUUUGCCCGGACAUCAACCCUUAGAGUUCAUCAGAGGAUUCAUACUGGGGAGAAACCAUUUAAGUGUAAUGAAUGUGGGAAAAAAUUUGUCCGGAAGGCAAUCCUUAGUGAUCAUCAGAGAGUUCAUACAGGGGAGAAACCUUUUCAGUGUAACAAAUGUGGGAAAAGUUUUGGCCAGAAAUCAAACCUCAGAAUACAUCAGAGAAUUCACAGUGAGGAAAAAUCUUAUGAAUGUAAUGAACUUGGAAAAUUGUAUAAGAAGUCAACUCUAAAUGUUUGCCAGAAAAUUCAGGGAGAGGGAAAACCCUAUUGAUAAUAAUAAAUAUGGAAAAUCCUUCUGUCUGGAAGACCAAGCCAUUUGACUCCAGAAAACCCACACAUAUAAAUAUGAAUGUAGGAAGAAUUUUAUCCAAAAAGCAACCCUGAAAGUCUAUCAGAGAAUAGACAUAGGCUGAUAUUUCAAAGCCCUUUUGAAAGAAGCCAUGCCCUUUAGAUAACUCAGAAAAUUUCCUGGUCUCCCUUUCCUCCAUGUAGGUCUUUGGACUGUGGAUGCUCAUGUUUUAUGCCACAAUCAUUUGUGACAAAAGACCUCACUGACACUACUAGGAUGCUGUCAGAAUAGCCUUGAAGUUGUAAAGUAUCAUGCUUUAACACAGCUUUUACACAGUAACAGCCAGGGUGCCUGAAAUAUGUGGAACAAAAUUCUCAUUCACAUCUUUACCUUUUGAACAUUUUGUGAUUGAGCAGUAAGCUUGAUAAUAUUGAGCUCUAACAUGUUUAAGUCUGUUUCCUUUUGAACAUAAUUUAGCCAUCCCUCUACUGGAGAGGUAGAAAGUUAUUAUGUAAGCCAAGCUUAUAUCAGUCAGUGGGUACAACACUUAUUAAAGGGUUGGUGUUGUGAGGAAUCCCUAAAAGAUCAUCAGAGAAUUCAGUUUUUUAAAAAUCUCCUUUCAAUGUAAUGAAAUAGAUGAUAUCACCUGUUACAGGGCUUUCGAUGAACUUAAAUUAUUGGAAGAUUUUGGGCUGAAAUGUGAGCACACCUCGUGCAAGUAAAGUAAAUGUUUCUUUAAUGUCAUGAAGCCACUCAUACCUCCAUAUACCCCAACACCAGCUGUUUUAAGGGAAAGCUUCCUGUCUCCAGUGGGGACCCAUGGCCAUUGGCACCCACCCAAGUAUUUGGGGGAACUUUGAGAGAGGAAAGGGGCUCAAACUUACGGCUUUAUGGGAUACAGGUGCCCAAAUCAACAUCUUACCACUUCACAUGGAGGUAGGGAGUAUCUAGAUUUUAAAAAAUGUUAUUAGGGCAGGGGUUACAGUAGGCAAAGGAAAUGAAUGUGAGCCUGUGAAUAAAUGGGGCCCUUUUGACCAGUGCAGUAUACUGUGGUUACUUCUAAAUCUGAAAGUGUAGUAGGAAUGUGUUAUAUGUUAUACUUCCUACUUCCCAUAAGUCAGAAGGGAUUCUUCCAGUCAGAAUUGUGUGUAAAGAAGAUACCUUUGAGGUUCCACAGCCUUUAAUGACCACUUUGUGCUUCAGUCUCUGUAACUAGUCAUUCUGUUGAUUGGAAUUUCUGGCAAAAGGAGAUGCCCUUGGGGUCAGGGAGAAGGGUAGUUUGACUUGAUACCCUAACAAGGCUACCAAGUAUACUCCUUUUGUAAAGCAGCUGUUAGCUUACUCUUGGGCUCAACUGCCUAACAAAAAGGACACAAGCCUCAGGUGUAAAAUGUACAUGGUAUACUUAAGAAUAUAGCUGCCCUGGUCCCAGCAGUAUCUCAGCUGUAUAUCACAUUGCAGCAGCUGCCCCUUACAAGGAAAUGUAUCCCCCACUCUUGCCUGAUGCAAAGCUGCUGGCUUAAUAGGGCCCUCAAUUCAUAGAAGUUACUCUAAUUGGGCCUGGUUCACUGACAGGCUAGUGGGAAUCACUGAACACUGACUCUUCAACCUUGAAGACCCCAGAAUUGAUUAUGCAGACCCCAAAAAUUAUGUGGCUGCUCCUUUCAAUUGGCAGGACACAAGGAUGUUCUCAACACUGGCAAAUACUCCAUUUGAAACUUGUGGCAUUUUUAUUGAUUCUGGUUCUUAUUGUGCCUCACUGUUUGACACACUGGUAGUAAAACUACAGGUUGACAAAAGCACUCCUCUUUGGUGCUGUGAACUGUGGGGGGUAGGGGGAGUCAGCUGCUAAUAAGCACACCUGAGUUGUUAAACUAGAUGCCCUUGUUAAGUAACUAUUCUAUGAUAAUGAUGACUGGAAUCAAGCCGUUGAGCAAGCCUCCGCUAUCCUGAUUGUCAACAUUGCUACCUGGAUCCAUCAUUAUACUGACAGAGCAAAGUAACCACCAUCUUAACUGCAAGAUAAAAAGGACACAAGCCUCAGGUGUAAAAUGUUCGUGGUAUACCAGUGCUUCCUUUGAUGUCAUUUGACCUAAGAAUCUACAUUUUUCGCCUUCUGUAUUAAUAUCCAAUUCCACAUGCCAUUUGAUAAUUCACCCUUUCCUACUGAUUUUAAAUAUGUUCAUAUGCUAAAUUGUUUUUUGUAAAGAUAUCACACAAGACUGUUCAUGACCCAUUCCCUAGAUUCUGUUAGCAGCAUAUCCGCUUUUGGGGAACAGGGCUAACAUAGAACUCAUAUGAGCCAAAAUAUUCUAUCUUUCUAGCCUGAUAGUGAAUUUUUCACUGAAGAGUGUUUCAAUCAGGAAAAGGAGAAUACCUCCUAGGACUUUGGAAAUGGAACAUCACACACUAGAGCUGCCAAUGCCCUUGCCAAGAUGCAUCUG